CGCACCGUCACUAAAAACGAGGACUCCCUCAUCCCGGCAGGAAAAAAAGGGGAGAAAGAAGGCGUGUGCCGUGCAGGAAGAUGAUCAUGCAGCACAUCUAAUUCUUACAAAGAACACAACAACCGAGACGAGGCUGUGGACUUCUUGUGGUUUUCUGCCGCCGAUCUUGCCUGAAUUGAGGGAUCUGGUGGGAGCUGCAAGAUGUCUCGAGGUGUGAUGCAGCCCAGUCAGCAGAAGCUGGCGGAGAAACUCACCAUCCUCAACGACCGCGGCGUCGGCAUGUUGACCCGCGUCUACAAUAUCAAGAAGCAAGGACAAGUUUGGAAGGCAUGUGGCGACCCCAAGGCCAAGCCCUCCUAUCUGGUCGACAAAAACCUGGAGUCUGCGGUCAAGUUCAUCGUCCGGAAGUUCCCUGCGGUGGAGACACGCAAUAACAACCAACAGCUGUCUCAGCUGCAAAAAGAGAAGUCGGAGAUCCUGAAGAACCUGGCUCUCUACUACUUCACCUUUGUGGACGUGAUGGAGUUCAAGGACCACGUGUGCGAGCUGCUCAACACCAUCGACGCCUGCCAAGUCUUCUUUGACAUCACGGUGAACUUUGACCUGACCAAGAACUACCUGGACCUGGUGGUGACCUACACCACACUCAUGACCAUCCUGUCACGCAUAGAGGAGAGGAAAGCCAUCAUCGGACUGUACAACUACGCCCACGAGAUGACGCACGGGGCCAGUGACCGGGAGUAUCCCAGGCUGGGCCAGAUGAUUGUGGAUUAUGAGAACCCCCUGAAGAAGAUGAUGGAGGAGUUUGUCCCCCACGGGAAGUCCCUGUCAGACGCUCUCAUCAGCCUUCAGAUGGUUUACCCCAGAAGGAAUCUGUCGGCCGACCAGUGGAGGAACGCUCAGCUGCUCUCUCUGAUCUCCGCUCCCUCCACCAUGCUGAACCCUGCACAGUCCGACACAAUGCCCUGUGAAUAUUUAUCUCUGGAUGCAAUGGAGAAAUGGAUCGUUUUCGGCUUCAUCCUUUGUCACGCCGUGCUGAACAGCGAUGCAGCGGCGUUGUCCUUGUGGAAGCUGGCCCUGCAGAGCUCCACCUGCCUGUGUCUGUUCAGGGAUGAAGUCUUCCACAUCCACAAGGCUGCUGAGGAUCUCUUUGUCAACAUCCGAGGGUACAACAAGCGCAUCAAUGACAUCAGAGAGUGCAAGGAGCAGGCUCUGUCUCAUGCAGGCUCCAUGCACCGAGAGAGGCGCAAAUUCCUCAGGUCCGCUCUCAAGGAGCUGGCCACCGUCUUAGCGGACCAGCCAGGGCUGUUGGGCCCAAAGGCGUUGUUUGUGUUCAUGGCAUUGUCGUUUGCCCGUGACGAGAUCAUCUGGUUGCUUCGACAUGCGGACAACAUCCAGAAGAAAAGCACAGAUGACUUCAUUGACAAACACCUUGCAGAGUUGAUCUUCUACAUGGAGGAGCUGAGAGCUCACGUCAGGAAGUACGGCCCAGUCAUGCAGCGAUACUACGUGCAGUACCUGUCGGGGUUUGAUGCCGUUGUUCUCAACGAGCUGGUGCAGAACCUGUCUGUGUGUCCGGAGGAUGAGUCCAUCAUCAUGUCUUCCUUUGUCAACACUAUGACCUCCCUCAGUGUCAAACAAGUGGAGGAUGGGGAGGUCUUUGACUUCAGGGGCAUGAGGCUCGACUGGUUCAGACUGCAGGCCUACACCAGCGUGUCCAAAGCUAGCCUGGGUAUCGCCGACCACAAGGAGCUGGGCAAAAUGAUGAACACCAUCAUCUUCCACACCAAGAUGGUGGACUCGCUUGUGGAGAUGCUGGUGGAGACGUCAGACCUCUCCAUAUUCUGCUUCUACAGUCGUGCUUUUGAAAAGAUGUUCCAGCAGUGCUUAGAGCUUCCCUCGCAGAGCCGUCACUCCAUCUGCUUCCCCUUGCUCUGCACACACUUCAUGUCCUGCACGCACGAGCUGUGUCCCGAAGAGCGUCAUCACAUAGGAGACCGCAGCUUGUCCUUGUGUAACAUGUUUUUGGAUGAGAUGGCCAAACAAGCCCGAAAUCUGAUCACUGAUAUCUGCACUGAACAAUGUACCCUCAGUGACCAGCUGCUUCCCAAACAUUGUGCCAAAACCAUCAGCCAGGCCGUGAACAAGAAGAGCAAGAAGGCGACUGGGAAGAAGGGUGAACCGGAGAGAGAGAAACCAGGAGUGGAGAGCAUGAGGAAGAACAGACUACUGGUCACAAAUUUGGACAAACUUCACACUGCACUAUCAGAACUCUGCUUCUCCAUCAACUACGUCCCCAACUUGGCAGUGUGGGAGCACACCUUCACGCCAAGAGAGUACCUGACCUCCCACCUGGAGAUCCGAUUUACCAAGUCCAUCGUGGGCAUGACCAUGUACAACCAGGCCACUCAAGAGAUCGCCAAGCCCAGCGAGCUGCUGACCAGUGUGCGGGCCUACAUGACUGUACUGCAGUCCAUCGAGAAUUACGUCACCAUUGACAUCACCAGGGUUUUCAACAACGUCCUCCUGCAGCAGACGCAGCACCUGGACAGCCACGGCGAGCCCACAAUCACCAGCCUGUACACCAACUGGUACUUGGAGACGUUGCUCCGUCAGGUCAGCAACGGACAUAUUGCUUACUUCCCUGCCAUGAAGGCCUUUGUCAACCUGCCCACGGAGAAUGAGCUCACCUUCAAUGCUGAGGAAUACUCUGACAUCUCUGAGAUGCGCUCCUUGUCGGAGCUUCUGGGUCCGUAUGGCAUGAAGUUCCUCAGUGAGAGUCUCAUGUGGCACAUUUCGUCACAGGUGGCAGAGCUGAAGAAACUGGUGGUGGAGAACAUGGAAGUUCUGACGCAGAUGAGAACCAGCUUUGACAAACCAGACCACAUGGCGGCGCUGUUCAAGAAACUCACCUCUGUGGACAGUGUCCUCAAGAGGAUGACCAUCAUCGGAGUCAUCCUCUCAUUUCGCUCCCUGGCUCAGGAGGCGCUGAGAGAUGUCUUAUCUUGUCACAUUCCUUUCCUGGUCAGUUCAGUGGAAGAUUUCAAGGAUCACAUUCCCAGAGAGACAGACAUGAAGGUGGCCAUGAAUGUCUACGAGCUCUCCUCAGCUGCGGGCUUACCCUGUGAGAUCGACCCCGCCCUGGUGGUGGCGCUGUCCUCACAAAAGAGCGAGAACAUCAGUCCAGAGGAGGAGUACAAGAUUGCUUGUCUGCUGAUGGUCUUUGUGGCCGUUUCCUUGCCAACGCUGGCCUGCAACGUGAUGUCGCAGUACAGCCCCGCCAUCGAAGGCCACUGUAACAACAUCCACUGUCUGGCCAAAGCCAUCAACCAGAUCGCUGCUGCUCUCUUCACCAUCCACAAGGGAAGUAUUGAGGACCGCCUGAAAGAGUUCCUGGCUCUGGCCUCCUCCAGCCUCUUGAAGAUCGGCCAGGAGACGGACAAGAUGACCACUCGGAACCGAGAAUCUGUCUACCUGCUGCUUGACAUGAUCGUGCAGGAGUCUCCUUUCCUGACCAUGGACCUGCUGGAGUCCUGCUUCCCUUACGUCCUCCUGCGUAACGCCUAUCAUGCUGUCUACAAGCAGAGCAUCAGUGCCAACGCCUAAACACACACACACACACACACACACACACACACUUUAAGCCUGACACCCUGUCACUAAACACACACACAACAUUUAGCAAAACAAAUACACAAGAAUACACUAUAACAUUACACACACAGUUUAAAUUCUAACAAAAUAAAUACACAAGAAUAGCUUGUAAUGUUACACACAUACACAGUGUUCCAAUAACAAAUACACAACAGGUUGUAGCGUUACACGCAUACAUAAUUUUACAAUUAACAAUAAGUACCCAAGAAUACAUUGUAACAUUACACACAGUGUUACAAUUAACACAAUAAGUCCACAAUAGUACAUUGUAGCAUUGCACAUGCACACACUAAGUAUACAAGAGUACAUAGUAACAUUACACACACACAAGUACACAAGAGUACAUAGUAACAUUACACACACACUAAGUACACAAGAGUACAUAGUAACAUUACACACAAGUACACAAGAGUACAUAGUAACAUUACACACACACUAAGUACACAAGACUACAUAGUAACAUUACACACACUAAGUACACAAGAGUACAUAGUAACAUUACACACACUAAGUACACAAGAGUACAUAGUAACAUUACACACACUAAGUACACAAGAGUACAUAGUAACAUUACACACACACUAAGUACACAAGAGUACAUUGUAACUUACAAACACUAAGUAAACAAGAGUACAUAGUAAUAUUACACACACUAAGUACACAAGAGUACAUAGUAACAUUACACACACUAAGUACACAAGAGUACAUAGUAACAUUACACACUAAGUACACAAGAGUAUAUAGUAACAUUACACACUAAGUACACAAGAGUACAUAGUAACAUUACACACACAACAAGUACACAAGAGUACAUUGUGACAUUACACAUACAAGAGUACAUAGUACCAUUAAACACACACACACACAAGUACACAAGAGUACAUAGUAACAUUACACACACACAAGAGUACAUAGUAACAUUACACACACACAAGUACACAAGAGUACAUAGUAACAUUACACACACACAAGUACACAAGAGUACAUAGUAACAUUACACACACACAAGAGUACAUAGUAACAUUACACACACACAAGAGUACAUAGUAACAUUACACACACACAAGUACACAAGAGUACAUAGUAACAUUACACACACACACAAGAGUACAUAGUAACAUUACACACACACACACACACACACUAGCAGGAUAUCAAAGUUGUGGUUCCAGUGUAAACAUUUUUGUUUGUUUUCAUGCUGUUGCUUGAGACGUUACCAUAGCAACAUUUGCUUCUACAAGGACAAGAUGUAUAGUAUAAAUACACAGUAUAUAUAUUUAGUUGACACUAAACUCUUUGAAGGAUUCCUUCAAUGCUCUUCAUUAUCGGCAAAGAGAGCUUUGUUUCACUUCCAACAUUCUUCUCCCUGCAUCCUCCUAACAUCUUCCAACAUUCUUCUCUCUGCAUCCUCCUAACAUCUUCCAACAUUCUUCUCCCUGCAUCCUCCUAACAUCUUCCAACAUUCUUCUCCCUGCAUCCUCCUAACAUCUUCCAACAUUCUUCUCUCUGCAUCCUCCUAACAUCUUCCAACAUUCUUCUUUCUGCAUCCUCCUAACAUCUUCCAACAUUCUUCUCCCUGCAUCCUCCUAACAUCUUCCAACAUUCUUCUUUCUGCAUCCUCCUAACAUCUUCCAACAUUCUUCUCCCUGCAUCCUCCUAACAUCUUCCAACAUUCUUCUUUCUGCAUCCUCCUAACAUCUUCCAACAUUCUUCUCCCUGCAUCCUCCUAACAUCUUCCAACAUUCUUCUCUCUGCAUCCUCCUAACAUCUUCCAACAUUCUUCUUUCUGCAUCCUCCUAACAUCUUCCAACAUUCUUCUCCCUGCAUCCUCCUAACAUCUUCCAACAUUCUUCUCCCUGCAUCCUCCUAACAUCUUCCAACAUUCUUCUUUCUGCAUCCUCCUAACAUCUUCCAACAUUCUUCUUUCUGCAUCCUCCUAACAUCUUCCAACAUUCUUCUCCCUGCAUCCUCCUAACAUCUUCCAACAUUCUUCUUUCUGCAUCCUCCUAACAUCUUCCAACAUUCUUCUCCCUGCAUCCUCCUAACAUCUUCCAACAUUCUUCUUUCUGCAUCCUCCUAACAUCUUCCAACAUUCUUCUCCCUGCAUCCUCCUAACAUCUUCCAACAUUCUUCUUUCUGCAUCCUCCUAACAUCUUCCAACAUUCUUCUUUCUGCAUCCUCCUAACAUCUUCCAACAUUCUUCUCCCUGCAUCCUCCUAACAUCUUCCAACAUUCUUCUUUCUGCAUCCUCCUAACAUCUUCCAACAUUCUUCUUUCUGCAUCCUCCUAACAUCUUCCAACAUUCUUCUUUCUGCAUCCUCCUAACAUCUUCCAACAUUCUUCUUUCUGCAUCCUCCUAACAUCUUCCAACAUUCUUCUUUCUGCAUCCUCCUAACAUCUUCCAACAUUCUUCUUUCUGCAUCCUCCUAACAUCUUCCAACAUUCUUCUUUCUGCAUCCUCCUAACAUCUUCCAACAUUCUUCUCUCUGCAUCCUCCUAACAUCUUCCAACAUUCUUCUCUCUGCAUCCUCCUAACAUCUUCCAACAUUCUUCUUUCUGCAUCCUCCUAACAUCUUCCAACAUUCUUCUCCCUGCAUCCUCCUAACAUCUUCCAACAUUCUUCUCCCUGCAUCCUCCUAACAUCUUCCAACAUUCUUCUUUCUGCAUCCUCCUAACAUCUUCCAACAUUCUUCUUUCUGCAUCCUCCUAACAUCUUCCAACAUUCUUCUCCCUGCAUCCUCCUAACAUCUUCCAACAUUCUUCUUUCUGCAUCCUCCUAACAUCUUCCAACAUUCUUCUCCCUGCAUCCUCCUAACAUCUUCCAACAUUCUUCUCCCUGCAUCCUCCUAACAUCUUCCAACAUUCUUCUUUCUGCAUCCUCCUAACAUCCAACAUUCUUCUUUCUGCAUCCUCCUAACAUCUUCCAACAUUCUUCUCCCUGCAUCCUCCUAACAUCUUCCAACAUUCUUCUCUCUGCAUCCUCCUAACAUCUUCCAACAUUCUUCUUUCUGCAUCCUCCUAACAUCUUCCAACAUUCUUCUCCCUGCAUCCUCCUAACAUCUUCCAACAUUCUUCUUUCUGCAUCCUCCUAACAUCUUCCAACAUUCUUCUUUCUGCAUCCUCCUAACAUCUUCCAACAUUCUUCUCUCUGCAUCCUCCUAACAUCUUCCAACAUUCUUCUUUCUGCAUCCUCCUAACAUCUUCCAACAUUCUUCUCCCUGCAUCCUCCUAACAUCUUCCAACAUUCUUCUCCCUGCAUCCUCCUAACAUCUUCCAACAUUCUUCUUUCUGCAUCCUCCUAACAUCUUCCAACAUUCUUCUCCCUGCAUCCUCCUAACAUCUUCCAACAUUCUUCUUUCUGCAUCCUCCUAACAUCUUCCAACAUUCUUCUUUCUGCAUCCUCCUAACAUCUUCCAACAUUCUUCUCCCUGCAUCCUCCUAACAUCUUCCAACAUUCUUCUUUCUGCAUCCUCCUAACAUCUUCCAACAUUCUUCUUUCUGCAUCCUCCUAACAUCUUCCAACAUUCUUCUUUCUGCAUCCUCCUAACAUCUUCCAACAUUCUUCUUUCUGCAUCCUCCUAACAUCUUCCAACAUUCUUCUUUCUGCAUCCUCCUAACAUCUUCCAACAUUCUUCUUUCUGCAUCCUCCUAACAUCUUCCAACAUUCUUCUUUCUGCAUCCUCCUAACAUCUUCCAACAUUCUUCUCUCUGCAUCCUCCUAACAUCUUCCAACAUUCUUCUCUCUGCAUCCUCCUAACAUCUUCCAACAUUCUUCUCUCUGCAUCCUCCUAACAUCUUCCAACAUUCUUCUCCCUGCAUCCUCCUAACAUCUUCCAAACAUUCUUCUCCCUGCAUCCUCCUAACAUCUUCCAACAUUCUUCUUUCUGCAUCCUCCUAACAUCUUCCAACAUUCUUCUUUCUGCAUCCUCCUAACAUCUUCCAACAUUCUUCUUUCUGCAUCCUCCUAACAUCUUCCAACAUUCUUCUUUCUGCAUCCUCCUAACAUCUUCCAACAUUCUUCUCUCUGCAUCCUCCUAACAUCUUCCAACAUUCUUCUCUCUGCAUCCUCCUAACAUCUUCCAACAUUCUUCUCUCUGCAUCCUCCUAACAUCUUCCAACAUUCUUCUCCCUGCAUCCUCCUAACAUCUUCCAACAUUCUUCUCCCUGCAUCCUCCUAACAUCUUCCAACAUUCUUCUUUCUGCAUCCUCCUAACAUCUUCCAACAUUCUUCUUUCUGCAUCCUCCUAACAUCCAACAUUCUUCUUUCUGCAUCCUCCUAACAUCUUCCAACAUUCUUCUCCCUGCAUCCUCCUAACAUCUUCCAACAUUCUUCUCUCUGCAUCCUCCUAACAUCUUCCAACAUUCUUCUUUCUGCAUCCUCCUAACAUCUUCCAACAUUCUUCUCCCUGCAUCCUCCUAACAUCUUCCAACAUUCUUCUUUCUGCAUCCUCCUAACAUCUUCCAACAUUCUUCUUUCUGCAUCCUCCUAACAUCUUCCAACAUUCUUCUCCCUGCAUCCUCCUAACAUCUUCCAACAUUCUUCUUUCUGCAUCCUCCUAACAUCUUCCAACAUUCUUCUCCCUGCAUCCUCCUAACAUCUUCCAACAUUCUUCUCCCUGCAUCCUCCUAACAUCUUCCAACAUUCUUCUUUCUGCAUCCUCCUAAUCAACAACAUUUGCCAAAUGUCUUGACACUGCGCGUGUGUGGGGGAGAGUGUGUGUGUGUGUGUGUGUGUGUGUGUGUGUGUGUGUGUGUGUGUGUGUGUGUGUGUGUGUGUGUGUGAGUGUGUGAGGACUAGAAGUUGGAUGUCUGCUGUGAGAAGAAGCAACACGAGAGUUGGCUUUCAUUGAUCAAGUGCAGGUUUUUGGGUCCAUUCCGAUAGAAAAUGAUGAGUCAGCAGCUUUUUACCACAGUUCCAAAGUGAAAGUGAUUGUUUUGGUUUUGUUGGCAUGAACUUUUUGUGCUGGGUCGAGUUUGAGCGGUGACGUCCAGGUUUGUGAGACAAGUUGCCAGCACUGCAGACCAAGUGAGGAACAAACAUUAUUUUAUUGAAUCUAGAAAAGUCAAAAGCUGACCACAUCAUAACCACUAAAAAAAAAAAAAAAGAAAUUAUUUGUGUGCUUAACUUUGGAUUCAAUGUUUGUGGAACACUUGAUGGGGUUUUUUUGUUUGUUUUUUUACGAUAUUUUGUCUGACUCACCUUGUAACUUAAUAUUAAAUAAAAUAACUUUCUGCUGAAA